AUGGAUCCCAAUCGCUUGCGCUCCCCAUCGUCAGCGCCGCAGCCCAUGCCCACACACGCUGCGGCCUCGGCGGCAUCGGCGUCGACCUCCAAAGCGAGCAGCAGCUUCAACCACAUCCUCCGCACCUUCCGAGGCGGUGGUCGCUCGGCUUCGUCAGCAGCAUCCACCGCAUCUGGCAACGGCAUCCCACCCAGCACACCCCUGGCACCCAUCACCACCGCACUGCCCACUUCCCAAAACCCGUUCGAGCUGGGCGCCUCUGCAUCGCUUGAACCCAUCUCUCCCUACGACCUCACCAGCAUCGAGCCUCCCGAGGGCGGUGCCUACGAUGCACUCUUCGACGAUCUUCGCGGCCCACUUCCAGCUACGGCAAAAGCGCGAGACGAGGCAGUUCGACAGCGUAUACCCAAGAUUCGAGCGCUAGCAGCUGCUGUCGAGCGCCAGAGCGGUCCCAGACCCAUCUUUGCCGACGACGUUCCACUCGCCGAGGUCUUUCGUCUCUGCACUUUACUGCUCACCGCGGAACAGCCCCAAAAGCUGCGCAUCGAAACCUGCAAUCUCCUCACAUUGUCCGUCAAGUUAGCCGACAAGCGCGCGGCAAACGCCUCCCCGGCCCUCACCGAGCUUCGUAACGGUGCGCCUGGUUCCCUCUCUUCCAAAAUCCCAGAUAGCGAUCAACCCCUCGCCGCCAUCGACCGCGCUCUCUUUUACCGCCUUGUACUCAGCGUCUCUUCCAGCGAAAUCGACGACGAAGAAGUCGACGACAACACUCACGUCAUUUUGGCCGGUUUACCAGCCCAGCUCAGCGCUCUCCAAGUGCUCACAAAGGAUGGCCGUGACGUGGUAGGCUUUCCAGGUCUCAUCUUGACGCUGACUCGAUGGCUUCAAGUGGCCUGGACGGAGGUGCAGCGCCUGCGAGCGCAGCUCCACCCUUUGAUCGACGAGUCUGGCAGGGUCGGACGCACUGGAGCCAAGGACAACUUCGACGAGACGGCCAUUCAGCAGACUCGAGCCAUUUCGCAACUCUCUUCCGUGGAGCGAGACGUCCAGAUCAUCCUUCAGCUUCUUACUGGCAUCCUCAAAUACAGCUUUGCGAGGAUCCCCAUAGCACAUGCCGAAAUGGUCAUUCGUAGUGCCGCAGAGCUCAUCAUUGGCGAAUCGACUGCCAGUACGCUCACUCUCCCUAGCUCUGUCAUUGGCUCACCGCCGCUCAAAAGCACCCCUCUCCUCGGCUCGCAGCGCAGCUCGGUCGCGCCAACCCCAUCCUCUCGCCGAUCCCGUUCUCGCGACGCCAGACCCUUGGUGGAUGGCUACUCGUACUACGGCUUGGAGACUAUCAGCCCUUCCCCCGAAAGCAGCGAAACUUCGCCGUCUGCUACGCCGCGCUCGUCGAACAAGCUUGUCUCCAUCGAUGCUGUCACGUCACAGCUUCACAGCUCUGCAGCUCCUUCCUCGGCGAAACCGGCCAAUGCCGCUCCGAUGACCCUGGCAACGCUCGUGCCCACACGCGAAGCAGCUACAGCGCCAUCUGCAUCUCGAGCUGAGCUUGCCGGAUCCGGCUACUGGGUCGGGCCGGAGCUUCACUUGGACGAAGUGCGCAGCUGUCUCAAUCUGCUUGACGCAACGCUACGCUAUGGACACCUGCCACCCGCCUGUAUCAACGUGGUCGUCAAGAUGCUGUGUCGCCUUCUGGGCUAUUCGUGCAUCGAUCCUCGCUCUCCAGGCUUCAUCAAGGAAAAGUCGGACGAUCGCGAGGCCGAUUGGCAUCAGGAGGUGUUGCCAAUUCUCUCCAACAUUCUUCGAAGCCACUGUGCCAACGCAGCCCUUCGAUCAGCACGCAUCAUUCUCACGGGACCCCCUGACAUCCACAAGGCUACGCAUCUCGAAGACCCUGCCGUGCUGGUCGGUGCCGUCAGCUUCUUCCGCUUGGCUCUGGCCCACGUCGCAGAGCAGGAACAGCAGAACACGCAAGGCUCAGCGUCCGGAGCUUCCAGCAAGGCGCAAAAGGAGGAUGCGCUCGCGCCGUCCCUAUCGCUUGCACUCAUCAUGCCCGCCUUGCGGGCUGCCUUGAAGCGUCAGUGCGAUGUGCUCGACCUCGAGAUUCUCCACCUCGUUUCCGAUCUCCUCCCAUCUACUUCAGCCGCCGCAGAGCCCCAGCCAACAGCUGCUAAGCGCCCAGCAGGUGAAAAGCAAGCCGCCUCGGACCGAGGAAGUGCACAGGCCAGCAAAAUCGCUCGCGAGAAGAGAUUCGCUCGCUCAGACUGGGAUGCACUCCUCGACCUUGUCGUGGAGGCAAAGAGGCAUCUCGAAGGCCUCAAGCUCAGCCAUUCCGUUAGCAAUGCUGCAUAUGGCCAGGCCUCGUUGCUGGAAUCAAGCCCUGCCGGUCACACCGCUCCAGUCCUAGCGAUACUCAAAGUGUUGGACAAGUUGAGUAUCUCCCAUCCACCCAAGGCUUUGCUGGACUCCAAGGAAACCGAUCAGAAGCGUGCAGCAGAGGCCGACGAAUCAGCAGUAGCACUCUCGCCACCAUGGUCACCCAAGCUGGCAUCGUUCCUGCUCACACUCUCACCGAUUUUGCGCGAUGCGACCGUCUCGAAGCUGGUACAAUACCACUGGACGCAGCAUCUCUGCUUGCCGAGCAAUCCCGAUUGGCUCUCCAACAUCCGAGCUCUUCUGCAAGCCUUCUUCUACCGCAGCGAAUCCCAGCCUCAUCCCGGCGCAGAUGAACAGAAAGCUCGUUACGAUCUCGUCACGCUCGUCUUUGACCACGUCUACAAUGCCGUGCAAGAUCUCACUGCAGAGCGCGAUCUCUUCAUGACCGACAUUGUGCUGCCGUUGGCCAAUUCGACGCUCUCCUCUGAGACGGACCCAAGGACAGAAACGAUGCUUCGCUCGGUUCUCGUCCAAGCAGCCGUUCUCAGCGGGUCUCAAAUCCCCGGACCAGUGGACCCCGAAGCUGAGUCUGUGGAGAGGACCACGCAGGACCAACCGGACACUGACUUUGAAGAGGUCUUUGUCGAGGUUCGGAAGUUGCUGUGCAGGCUUGCACACUCUGCUCCGCCGCACAAGACGGUCGCAUUCGAUGUGCCUGCAGGCGACUCCGAAGAGGACCAACCGCGUUCCCGCUCCAACUCGGAUGCCCCUCGCGGCAGUUCUAUGAACGAGACCAAGGCGCGCAACGCCGCCCUCGACCUUAUCGCCAUCUUCAAUCGCAUGGCUUUCAGCACGCCCUGGAUCGCCAACUCGGUCGACAGAGAUAUUGAUCGAUCCAUUCGUCAGCGCUGGGAAAGAAAGACGCGCGCGGGGUGCAUUGCCAUCUAUCGCGACCUCCUCGAUCUUUUGAGAGUCAAGCCUGCUUCCAGCUCGAGCACGACGACAGCUGCAUCUGGUAGCCCGGCUUGCACUUCGACCCGGCUCGCCAUCCUCGAGUGGCUCUUGCGUUUCCGUACGGAUCGUCAGCAUCGUGUCUACCUUACCGGUGACAUGGACGAUUUGAUUCGAGCAAGCGCCAUCGUCCUCAUGAAGGGACCGGCCGAAGCAGAUGAGGGAUCCGCUCUAGGACGGCAGCUCAGUUCAGCGUCGAACAACCCCGAGGUCCGCCCGCGAGCAGGCUCAAAGAUGAGGCCUGGCACUGUCACCAGUCGUACUGAGCGCGAAGGGCGCGAUGCUCAGCGAAACACGGACCCGGCGCCCAGAUCCAAAUCGCGUCUCCGCGAGCUGUCGCGAGAGAGGGGCAGGUCGGAGCGCAGCACAGACUCUGCCAAGCGUCCGCCAGGCGAACGAGCCCGCAGCACGAGCCAGCAGAGGGCCGUACGAACUGCACCCUAUGAGCAUCUCUGGCGCUUGCCGCAAACGAUCUCGUUCGAGAUGCCUGCCAUCUUGCUGCGAAGCGACAUCAUCUACACCUACAUCCACGAGCGCAACGACAUAGAGUGCUGCGCCGGCAACACCCACCUACACAGUCACAAGGACAACAAGCCCGCUCCCAUCCCCGUGUCCGAAUUUUUGGGUGUUGCGAUCGAUAUGCUUCGUUCCGAGCAGGACUGGGAAGUGAUCUCGUACCUCCUCUGCCACCUUCCGCAUCAGCUGAGCAACAAGCAUCUUUUCUGCGGACCGAAGGCUCAGCACCAGGUGUUGCAUCUGCGCAAGGAGAUUUGUCAAGGUAUUCUCGACGAUGCGUUGCUGCCCAAAGUCAUCCUACCGGACGAUUUGAAGAAGACGGAUGUCACUGCUGUAGUGUAUGAGACGCUCAUCACACUCAUCGGGUACCGUACGCUCUUUUCGCGAGCAGAACAAGACGAGAUGGUCGAUGCCUUCAUCCGGGGACUCAAAAAGUCGCACACGACUGCGCGAUCCUGCAUCAAGGCUCUUGCGAUCUCAUGCUACGAAAUGCAGAAGAGCUUUACGCGCUUCUUCACCCAGAUGCUCCUCACGCUCACGGCGGUGCGCUCACACAUGACCAUGAGCGUGCAUAUCCUCGAGCUCAUCGCCACGGUCGCGCAGCAUCCGGCCUGCUAUGCCAACUUUACCGAGACCGACUACAGGCGUGUGUUCAGUAUCGUGCUACAGUACAUCGAGUAUCACCAGAGUCCCGAAGCCGCCACCCGUGACGACUACCGUGCCAGUCCGGCGAGUUAUUCGCUCUCGCAGUACGUGAUGCUCAUGGCGUUCUACAACAUUUCACUCUGGUUUGUCAUUCUCAAGAUUGGCGAUCGACCCAAGUAUCUGCCUUACAUCUCGCGCGGUUUGUUGAAAGCGAACGAGGGCAUGGAGACAUUGUCGGACCAGACCCAGGUGUGCUUCGACUUUCUCGCGAGGUUCACGUACUCCAACGCCGACUCCAAGCCCAAAAAGUCGUUCAUCAACCAGCUCAUCAUGGGCGGACCAUCAGCAGGCGCCAACAAGGGCAAAGAGGUGGGUCGUCACUCCAAGACGUGGCUCAUGGGCAAUGGUUUGCUCACCGUAUCCACCGCCAAGAAGGCGGGUUGGGUCGAGAUCGUCAUCCGCCGUCCGUCCGGGACGGCUACGAUGCUGUGCAAGCUUGAAAACGUUCCGAUCGGAUUGCUUCCGGAUGAGAACGGAGAGAAGGAUCAGCUCCCCGCCGUGCUCAUGAUGAAUCGCGACCCGGAUGUCAUGGCUUCGCCGACGCUGGACGCGCCGGCAGAUGAGGUGGACGAACCGGCAGAGGGCGACGACGCCAAGGGUACUGCACAGAAGAAAGAGAGAGGCAGCCUCCGUCGUCGCGUGGAGGAUCGACUAGAGAUCAGCGAGCGUCUUCGUGCUCGCAGGCCACGAGGCCCCGCGCACUUUGGCUUGGCUUCCCGACCACGGGCGUCUUCAUUCUCGGUGGAGAGUUCUCGACCUUCGCGGACGCCGAGUGCCGUGCUGGGAGAGGAGCAUGCCAGUAGCUCGCUAGCCAUGCGGCAGGUGAUGCGUGACAUCCUAAGCCCCACCGAUAAGGCGUUGUCCACGAACGCGGAUUCGCACGGCGCUGGUGGCGGUUCAAGCGCAGCAAGCAAGGCCAAGACCACUUCGAAGGAGCCUGAUGUGGAUCCGAGCUUCUUUGCGCUGCAGCUCUCGACGUACCCGGACAUGUUGCACGACACAGCGCCGAUCCUACUUCCCGACGAGCCCGCGACGGACAGAUUGAUCAAAGCAGUCGACUUCACUCCCGUAGUCGACUUUCACAAGAUCGGCGUCCUGUACGUAGGACCGGGGCAGGAGGACGAAGUGGACAUUCUCAGCAACCGUCACGGAUCGCGAGCGUAUACCCGGUUUUUGCAGGGUUUGGGCCAUUUGAUCAAGUUGAAGGGUCAAGAAGAUGUCUACACAGGCGGAUUGGAUCGCAACAAUGACGAGCACGGCAAGCACGCGUACGUGUGGACGGACGAAAUCUGUCAGAUUGUUUAUCAUGCGGCGACGUUGAUGCCGAACGACGAGCGCGAUCCCAUCCGACGCUCCAAGAAGGCUCUGAUCGGAAACGACUUUGUUCACAUUGUGUUUAACGAGUCUGGCCGCGACUACAAAUUUGGCACCAUUGCCGGGCAGUUCAACUACGUCAACGUUUGCAUUUCACCCAUGACGCGCGGAGGCGUCAAUCUGGGCUCGGCCAACCCGGACGAUGCGGUGUUCUACCAAGUGACGCUGCAGCGGCGUCCGGGCAUGCCCGAGUUCUCGCCCGUGGGUGAUGGUCAGCUACUGUCCGCCGAAGCUCUGCCCACGUUUGUGCGGAUCUUGGCGCUGCACAGCAAUGUGGCCAGUCAGAUCUAUUUGGAUACGGGCGAGGCCAUGCAGCCGUACUCGAGCAAUUGGGUGUCGAGGCUGGGCCAUAUCCGAAGGGCGAGACAGCAGCAUUUGGCCAAGAAGGCAAAGGCUGAAGGAGCGGAUGCGGCGGUGGAGGUGCAGCAUCCGAUUGCGGGAAUGUCGGUGAACUCGAGUAUGGCCGAGCUGUAUGAUUUCACCAAGAUGUACUAG